GCCAACUGGGCCUGCUGUCCUGUGUCGAAGCGAAUACUGGCUUUAUCGAUCAGCAAGUUUAAAGUUGCCCGGAGGCUAGACCCUAACUCACAGCUUGCAACACAGAUCGGAGAGACUGGCUGCAACUUCGAUAUCCAAGGAACGACCAUCGCAGGCCAAGGAGCCACAAAAUCGGAAAGAUUGACGCUUGAGGCAUGGCAAUCAGGCGCCAAAUCUGUCAACAGGCAUCUGGACCUCCCUGCGGCCUACAAAGUCCUACGCCAUUACGUAAGCAAAGGACAGGACACGGUCAAACCGGAGUCAGGAUUUGCAGACGAAGACGGCUCUGGGACGAAACCACCGGAAGAGGGAGCAGGGUUACCAAUAUCCUCUACCGUGGGGACGAAACAGAAGACCAACUGCCGUCACACCAAGCCUAAAUCCACACACGUGGCCAAACAGCGACCGGAGAAAAAUCGAUCAAUCCAAGGCCAACACACACAGCUGCAACUUUAA